GACAUGUGCACACAUUGAGCCAGCAGAGCUGGUGCACAGGCAGCUGCUCUGUUUCCCUUCCUUUUUGCUUUUCUUUCUUCAUUCAUUUUGUUCCCGUAACUCCCUCUUCUUGUUUUUCUACACUUUUCCCUUUCUUCUUUCUACUCUGUACUCCUGCUCUACACUUUUCUGCAGGCGGAUAUGAAGCCAGGACCGGUUGGAAGGAGAGAACUUGGGUAAUAUCUGCACACGAGCACCAGAGAGUCAUACAGUGCACCAGAGGACCAGUAAACACUUAAAAGGACAAACUUUGAAACAGCAGGAAAAGAAGGAAAGAAAAGAGGAUUUCCACAAUAAGAGACUGAAGUUAAAGUGGAAGAUGCAGACCAUGCUGGGCUGCUUGGUGCUCCUGCUGUCCCUGUUGGUUCUGUCUACAGGAAGAAAUGCUAGAAGAAUACGGAAAAGAGGGAUCAAUCAUAAGGACUACGAGUACCCCAACCAGUCCACACAACACCAAAAAAAUGACCGGUGUCCACCGCCACCGCAGAUGCUGCCAGAGCGGGCCUGUGAUGUCCCCGGCUGCCGCUCAGACUCAGAAUGUGAACGCCACAAACGAUGCUGUUAUAAUGGCUGCAUAUACGCCUGCCUGGAGUCGGUUCAGCCCCCACCAGUGUUGGAUUGGCUGGUGCAGCCCAAGCCUCGGUGGUUAGGGGGUAACGGCUGGCUGCUAGAUGGCCCUGAGGAGGUUCUGCAAGCUGAGGCCUGUAGUACAACUGAGGAUGGAGACGAGCCUCUUCACUGUCCUACCGGCUACGAGUGCCACAUCAUCAACCCAGGAGACCCGGCUGCUGGCAUCCCAAACCGGGGACAGUGCAUCAAGCAACGCAGCAACUCUGAUGGACGAGGUUUGAGACACAAACCCUUUAAGGACCACAAGGAAUACUUUGGAUCCAGUUCUAACAAUGCAGUAGGCUACGAAAAACAUAAACAUCUGGGAUGAAGUCCAUCUUCAGGUACCUGACCUCAACCUCAGCUGGACCCUCAACAGAACCUGCAACAUCUGCCCAACCUGUGAAGCAGGAGAAGAUCUGAUCUUUGUGACAGCUGCUACCUCCUCUUUACAAAGCCUCGCUUGAAGCCUGUUCUCGGUCACACAUCUGUGGAGAGGCAGGUCUAAUGUACUGUAAACGUUUCACAGCCAAAGAAUAAGGUGCUUUUUGUCUAAAGUCUGGGAAAAACAGGAUGAAGGCGAUGAUGGAAAAGCUGAGUGUGAGCAAACAGGUUGUGCACCACAACUAUUCAUAAAUAAUCUUCAAAGAACAAAGCAAUAAAAGUUUAUUUUUAUUCUUUGCACUCCUCUUCUUUCUUCAUUCUUACUCUCUAAACCAGACUACGUAACCUCACAUCUGGCCAGCAGAGAAAAUCAAGUCCACGUGGACCGUUUUACUUAUUUUCAGACAAAUUCUGCUCAAAGUUCCUCUUCUCAAAUCUAAAAAGUUUUACAGACAAUGAGAACAAAAAGUCCAGCUGUAGGGGUUGCAGCUCUGAAUUAAAUCCAAAUGUGAUUUCUAAUCCAAAUUAAUACCUUUAGAUUUAGAAUUAGGUGCUCAUGAGUGUGAGAACUGGGACAUUGGUUUGUUCCAGCCAGAAAUAAAAGUGCACAUUUUAAAACUGCUUAUUGAAGAGGCCAUUCUAAAACAUAUCUUAUAAGGGAUAAAUUUUAUUUUAUAAACAUAAAUUUAAAAAAAAAACAAAUCUAUAAUCCCAGAAUUGUUAAUAGUUUGGUACAAAAAAAAAGUUAUUUACAGUGAUGGGUUGGAUUGUCCUAAAUAAUAAUAAUAUCCAUCAAAUGUCAGUAUGAUUAUUUUAAUCUUUCAUACUUUUGUGUUGUUUUUUUUAAAUAGAAAAUUAAACAUAAUCAAUAAAAUUUCUUAUAGAGUACAGAAAUGUUGCAUAAACAAUUGGUGUUUUUUUUAACAAUUAAACAUAUUUUUUUAUGUUUUCAUCACAUGGUAUGCUAUGGUUACGAGAUGUGGGGGGCAAAAUACUUAAAAUAUCA